AUGACGGUGCUGCAAUCAAAACCCCCCAUGAGAGCGGGCUUCCAGGGAGAAGCCCCGACCCCUUGCCAGGCCUCCUCUCCCGUCCCCGUCCAACCCGGCCAGCCCAGGCCUGCGGGGUCUUUCGGCUCCGGGCACAGCAGCUGCUCCAGCAGACCCCGGCGGAGCGAGCCCCCACCGCGGGAAGAGCCACCUCAGCCCCUCACGGCCCCGCGGAGCGCCCGCCCGGGCAACCGCGGCUGCCCCGUCCCGCCGGGACUGGGACGGCCGCUCCGCCCGGCUCCGCCACAGCCGCGCCGCCUCCCUUUAUCGCGCCGGUCCCUUACCGCUGCCGAGCCGGCGGCUGCGCCCCCACAGCAGCGGCCCGAGCCCCAUCGCCGCGCCGGCCGGGACCAGGGCAGCGCCGGGCCGAGGCCGCGCGGACCCGCCCCUCGCCCCGCCCCCGCGGAGCCCGUCCGCACGUGCCGGCGGGAGGGGCCGUUGCUGCGGCGUCGCGCGCAGCGGCCGUUGCCUGCGACGGCGGCCAGUGCUAACUGCUGUUACCCGGGGGCUGGCAGCUUCAUUUUGGCGUGA